AUGUUUGAUCAAGAAGAUAUUAUUGCAAGAAAUGUUAAAACUUUUUGGCAUAUUACUGAUAUACAUUUUGACAAAGACUAUUCAGUAGGAGGAAAUAUAAAGGAUAUGUGUCACAUUAAUAAACAAAAUAUAAAUAUUAGAAAUUAUCAAAAAGCACCUUCUGUUGGUCAUUACAAUUGUGAUUCUCCAUACAGUUUAGUUGAAUCAUCUUUUGAUUUCAUGGUAAAAACCAAUCCAAAUCCUGAUUUUAUUAUUUUCACUGGUGAUAGUACACCACACGUUCGUCACUCGGAAUUAAAUAAAGAAGUUGUAUUGGAAUCAAUCAAAAACUCUACUGCUAUUAUUAAGCAAUAUUUUCCCAAAGCAAAGAUUUAUCCAUCACUAGGAAAUCAUGAUGCAUAUCCAAUUUAUCAAACAUCCCCACAAGAAAUGUUUUUAACAAAUGUUUCAGAGAUUUGGAAGGAAUUCCUAUCACAAGAAUCGUUGGAAACCUUUAGAAAAGGUGGAUAUUUUACUGAAAUCAUUGAACCUGGUCUAAGAGUGAUUUCUAUCAAUACUGCUUUUUAUUAUAUAGAGAACAUCAAAGUCAUUUUUAGAAGAGAUCCAGGAGAUCAGUUUGAAUGGUUAAAGAGAAUACUCAGUAUAGCUAAAAUAAAAAAUGAAAAGGUUUUAAUAAUUGGACAUGUACCACCUGGUUACGGUUUGAAGCCAUUAUACAAUGAUCGACUUUUAAAGUCAUAUAUUGGUUUUGGAGAGCAAAUUAUUGCCCAUCUCUAUGGUCAUAAUCAUAAAGAUAGCUACAAUUUAUAUUAUGAAAAUCCAAAUACCGAUUGGUAUUCCAAUGAGCCGGAAGGUGUCAUAUUUGUUGCACCCAGUAUUACCCCGUGGCAUAAUCAUCAUCUUAUAUUACCUCCCAACAACCCUUCACUAAGAAUGUUCAGUUUGGAUAAAGAUGCAGGUAUUUUACUUGACUAUCAUCAGUAUUGGUCGAAUCUAACUAGAAACAUUGAAAAUGGCAAUACAACUUGGGAGAUGGAAUAUAUAGCUUCCGAAUUUUUUGCAACUGGUGAUCGUGGAUUGACUCCGACCACUAUGCACGAUGCCUUUGUACAACUCGCAACCAAUUCUACCUAUCUGGAUGAAUAUGUUAAUCAUAUUUCAGUUAACUAUCCAACGCAUUGUAAUAAUCAAUGUAAAGAAAUUGAACUUUGUUUAAUAGUGGCAACUUAUCAUAAAAGUCAAAAACAAUUAUUAAUUCAUGGUUCGUUAGCUCUUCAAUUUUGGCAUAUCACAGAUAUACACUAUGAUUGGAACUAUAGAAGUGGUGGAGAUAUAAAUAAUAUGUGUCAUCUAUCAAACUCUGGCCAUAGUUUAGUUGGAGGUAGUGGUGCUUCACCUGUUGGUAACUACCGAUGUGAUUCACCAUUGACAUUGGUAGAGUCAGCAUUCAAAUUUAUGGUUACUACUAAUGCCAAUCCUGACUUUAUUAUAUUCACUGGUGACGAUCCACCUCAUGUCCCAAUGUCAGAGCUAAACAAUGAACUUGUAUUACAAUCGAUAACCAACAUAACAUCCUAUAUCACCACCAACUUUCCAAAUACUAAAAUAUAUCCUGCCAUUGGAAAUCAUGAUGUUUAUCCACAACAUCAAUUAGCACCAGGCCCAAAUUGGUUGUUAAAUAACAUAUCAGAGAUAUGGAGUGAUCUGCUGACAACUGAAUCAAUUGAGACUUUAAAGAUAGGUGGUUACUAUAGUGAAUUGAUUGAACCAGGCUUAAGAAUCAUUUCACUCAACACUGUAUUCUACUACACUCAAGACAAUCAAUGUGUCAAUGAGACUGAUCCUGGUAAUCAAUUGUCAUGGUUAUCUAAAACAUUGGAAUCUGCUAAAUCAAACAAUGAAAAGGUUAUGAUCAUUGGUCAUGUACCACCUGGUUAUAAUGAACAUUAUAAUAUACCAAAUUUCUAUGAACAAUUUAAUGAUCGUUUUUUAAGUGUAUUCUCCAACUAUUCAGAACAAAUCAUUGCACAUUUCUAUGGACAUGAACAUAGUGAUGCCUUUAGAUUGUAUUACGAGGAUCAGAUUACAGAUUGGUCAAGCACAGUACCUGAUGGUGUGAUGUUUAUAACACCAAGUUUAACGCCUUGGCUCAAUCCUAACCUACCGGCAUUUCCAAACAACCCAUCACUUAGAAUCUACGAAAUCGAUUCUGAGAGCUAUGCACUACUAGACUACCAACAAUAUUGGUCGAAUCUAACCGACAACAUCAUCACUGGCCAAAUAGAUUGGCAACUGGAAUAUGUUGCCUCUGAAUUCUACCAAUCCAACAACAACCCACUAAACGCCAACACUAUGUAUCAAGCAUACCAAAGAAUGUUAUCGAACCAAACCUAUCUAGAUUUAUACAACCUUUAUAACGGCGUUAGCUAUCCAGUUGAAACUUGUGAUCAAGUUUGUAAAACUAUACAACUUUGUUCCAUCGUUGGUUUAUUUAGAUCACAAUUUAGUCAAUGUCUUGUUUAA